CCUGUCUCUAGAUCCGUCGGCCGUCGGCGGCCACUGUCAACCACCGUCUCCCUUCUCUGACUUCGUAGGCCGGUACUUCUCGCCACAUCAGCAUACGUCGUCGGUAUUCCCACUCUUGACGCACACAGGAUUAUGUAUAGGACAUCGUUUCUGUUCGUCCACUUUGACUCCCUUACACUCAUCAGUAUUUCUCUCCCAAGCGAAAGCAUGUCUGCCGGGUAGGACAGUUAAUCGACGUCCAUGUCUGGAUCUGGUAAAACAGCGGCGCCACCUUCGAUAUGGCAGACGAGCAUGGUAGUACGGCAUACGACAGCCACAUUGAGGGGCUUCGACAGACCGAGUUCCCUCAGCUUCAAGACGAGGUCUAUCUCGACCAUGCUGGGACGACGUUGUAUGCGAAGUCUCUCAUAGACAAGUUCGCGGCCGACUUGACCUCGAAUCUCUUUGGCAAUCCGCAUUCUGCCUCCUUGUCUUCGCAGAAUUCCACCUCUCGAAUCGAGGAUAUCCGUCUUCGUGUCUUGCAGUUUUUCAAUGCCGACCCUUCCGAGUUUGACCUCAUCUUUGUUGCCAAUGCUACCGCGGGCGUCAAACUUGUGGUCGAACCAUUUAGGGGCGCUCCCGGUCGCUUCGACUACUUGUAUCAUGAAGCGUGCCACACUAGCUUGGUAGGUGUUAGAGAAGAAGCCGCUAAUAGCCUGUGUCUCGACGAUGCCGCCGUAAACAGCUGGAUAAGCGGAACCGACCCUGCGGCCAGGUUUGGGGAAGACUCUCGGCCAGUCCUCUUUGCAUACCCGGCCCAGUCCAACAUGGAUGGCUCUCGGCUUCCUCUGAGCUGGCCUGAAGAGCUACGCAAAACCGAAUCAAUGCCAGGCCGUCAAACGUAUACGCUGCUCGAUGCCGCCGCUUUCGUUCCGACGUCUCCGCUCGACUUGAGCAGCUCGGAAACGGCGCCAGACUUCACUGUUCUGAGUUUCUAUAAAAUCUUCGGGUUCCCAGAUCUGGGCGGACUGAUAGUGCGGCGUCAAGCGGCGUCGGUAUUCCAGUCUCGAAAAUACUUUGGAGGCGGCACGGUCGACAUGGUGGUAUGUGUGGCAGAGCAAUGGCAUGCCCCCAAGACACAAGCCCUCCACGAGUCGCUGGAGGAUGGGACGUUGCCAAUACACAACAUUAUCGCCCUGGACUCGGCCCUAGACACCCACCGCCGGCUGUUUCGAUCUAUGAACGACGUCUCGGCCCAUACAUCUUCGCUCAGCCAAAGGCUACAUCAUGGUUUGGCCGCGUUGAAGCAUGGAAAUGGCCAACCUGUAUGUGUCAUAUAUUCCCAUCCCUCACUCUCGAGGACGCCAGAAUCCCCUAUGGGAAAUGGUCCAGUCGUGACCUUCAACUUGCAAAAUCAUCUGGGAAACCCGAUUAGUUUGGUCGAGUUCGAGAAACUCGCAGUGCUGAAACGGUUCCACGUUCGUACCGGAGGCCUUUGCAAUCCGGGCGGAAUCUCGCGUGCCCUCAACCUGCAACCGUGGGAAAUGAAGAGAAAUUUCUCCUCGGGGUUUCGGUGCGGGACCGAGAACGACAUUAUGAACGGGAGACCAACAGGGGUCAUUCGAGUGAGCCUCGGGGCGAUAAGUACUAGUGCGGACGUGGAAAAGUUCAUCGCGUUCAUUGACGAGUUUUAUCGGACUCAGAGGAUAGCUGAACUCACGCCGCCAAUUCCAACCUCUAGUCCAGGGGACUCGCUAGACUUAUACGUGGAAAGAAUCACCGUAUACCCCAUAAAGAGUUGUGGUGGAUUCCGUAUCCCUGCUGGAACACAAUGGGAAGUCAGGCCGGAGGGGUUGGCAUGGGAUCGGGAAUGGUGCUUGGUUCAUCGAGGAACCGGUCAGGCAUUAAGUCAAAAGCAUCAUCCUCGCAUGGCUCUCAUCCGGCCAGUGGUUGACUUUUCUAGUGGAAAGUUGCGAGUUUCGUACCAAGGGUCUUGGCCGAUAAAUGGCCCGACUCGUAUAUCAGUUCCGCUAUCCGCGAAUCCAGGUCUCUUUCGAGCAGGUGUCCCGUCCGCGGCGAUGGCCUCUAGAGUCUGCGGGGAGGUGAUAUCCGCCCAGGUAUAUACCUCAAGCGAAGUAAACGAUUUCUUCUCGACUAUCUUGGAGGUGCCGUGCGCGCUAGCUCGCUUCCCGCCGGGUGGUCUGGGAACCAGCAUGCGAUAUGCCAAGGCUCAUCUCCAGAAACACCAAAAGGUCAACAAGACAGCUCAGUACAAGAUACCCUGCGAGUUUCCCGGUAUGGACACCCCUCCUGAUUCCGAUUCGGAAUCUGAGCGACAGCGGAUCCUACUAUCCAACGAGAGUCCCAUUCUUGCGAUUAAUUUAUCCAGUCUGCACGUUCUCAACGAGCAAAUCGCCCAAAGGGGGGGGAAGGCGGUCUCCCCAGAAGUAUUUCGUGCUAAUGUUAUUAUCGGCUCGUCGGCUUCGGAAGCGCAGCCAUCUGCUUACUCGGAGGAUCGAUGGGCCAGCUUACGAAUCGGGCAGCAAGACUUCAGAAUGCUAGGCUCCUGUCGGAGAUGCCAUAUGAUAUGCAUAGAUCAGGAAACUGCGGAGAAGGGCGAGGAGCCUUAUAUCACGUUGAGCAAGACGAGAAGGUUCGAUGGCAAGGUAUUCUUUGGUACGCACAUGUGUCACAUACCCUCAACAGCCAUGGGCACCAAGGAGGCCCAGUUUCCUACUAUUACUAUAGGAGACAAAGUGGUGGUGGACCCUGCUUGAGGAAAUCUAGGCUUUGGGUCCUUGAUGGACAGUUAGCAUGUAGUGUAACACCAAUUAUAUGUUGCUAAUUAGGCACGGAGAAUAUACCUUAGUUUUGACCCCUA